CUGGCCUCAUCUGCUCCUUUUAAGCCGGCAUUUUUGGGAGGGAGGUCCCUGCGAGGCAUAUACAAACACUCAGUCAAGCACCCGCCGUCACCCCACACGCUGCACUGCGGCCAGCAGACAACUCAGCUAUUCCUUCACGCAGAACAGGAAGUUGAAGUGACCUGUGAUCAAGAUGGCCGCAAAGGGAGUCGUCGGCAUGGCUAACAAAGGUCCAUCCUAUGGCAUGAGCCGGCAGGUUCAGGAUAAGAUUGACAGCAAGUAUGACCCUGACUUGGAGCAGAUCCUGGUGGAGUGGAUCCAGCGCCAGUGUGGAUCUGGUGCGGGCAGGCCAGAACCAGGCAAAAUGGGCUUCCAGGCGUGGCUGAAAGACGGCUGCGUCCUGAGUGAGUUGAUCAACAGUCUGUAUCCUCAUGACAAGCCUGUGAAGAAGAUCCAGAGCUCACCCAUGGCCUUCAAACAGAUGGAGCAGAUCUCCCAGUUCCUCAACGCUGCGGAGAAGUAUGGCGUCACCAAGACGGACAUGUUCCAGACUGUGGACCUGUGGGAAGGGAAGGACCUGGCUGCAGUGCAGAGGACCCUCUCAGCCCUGGGCAGCUUGGCCGUCACCAAGGACGACGGCGCAUACAACGGAGACCCUAACUGGUUCUUUAAGAAAGCACAGGAGAACAAGCGAGAUUUCAGCGAUGAACAGAUGAAGGCAGGCAAAAAUGUGAUCGGCCUCCAGAUGGGGUCCAACAAGGGAGCCAGCCAGGAGGGCAUGAGCUACGGGAGACCCCGGCAGAUCCUGUAAAGUCAUUGAGCCACUGACACCAAAGACCUCUUCAGCUCCUGACGCCCUCUUAGCGCCUGUAAGCAUCUGGCCGCUCUUCUACAGCUCCGCUUUCAUCGUAACAUCGAUUCCGCUUUCGAGUUUAGCUACUUCCCCUGAAGCCCUCGUGUAGAUGCUUGCUCUAGUGGCAGAGCGCACCAAGCGCUGUCCUUCCCACUGCAGCUAGGACCAAUUAAAGUAAGAUGACUGAUGCACUGCCACGUGCCCACGUCGAACUGUUUCUGAAGACGCACUUCAAAUCAGAACUGACCAUUGCUUCAUCUCUAAUGUCUGACUUACGCUACCUGUUUACUAAAUUUUAGAAAUAGUCCAUUGGUUCUGACCAAACAUUGCGUGUAUGUAAAUUACAGAGCAUGUUAUUCAUAACUAGCAGUAAAACUAUCCAAAGCAUACUGUUACUAUACUCUAAAGUAUCUGUCCACACAAAGCUAAGCCUGCUGUAUCAGCGCCAAUGUUUUUGUACAUUUUCUUAUUAAAUGAUAACUUUGAAAUACA